AUGAGUGCGAAGGCCAUCCCCUCGGUCUUUGAGGAGUUCGACCGCGCCAAGGUCAAGUUCGCCCAGGCGGUCUCGGAUUUCUCGGAGAGGCCGGCCAACGUCCAGCCCCUUCACCAGCACAAGGUCAUCGCCUACCUGCGCCCGUUGCUCACUGAUGUCAGCGUGUCCGUCCGCAACAGCGCGGCGGUCAGCCUCGGCCGCAUCAGCAGCCACUCGCCCGAGAUGGCUGAGCAGAUCAUCCUCAACGAGGCGCUGCCUCCGCUGGUCAUGUCUCUCAGUGAGGAGAGCGUGAUCUACAAAAAGGCGGUCUGCUUCGUGCUCAAGUCUCUGGCCAAGCACUCCCCCCGCCUGGCCACGGCGGUUAUCGACUCGGGCGCGCUGGAGGAGCUGGCGGUCUGUCUGGAGGAGUUCGACGAGGGCGUCAAGGAGAGCGCGGCGAGCGUGAUCGCGGCCAUCGCCAAGCACAGUAAGGAGAUGGCGACCAGAGUGGCCACCUCAGGGGCAGUUCCAAACCUGGUGCUUUCCCUGCAGGAGCCCAACCCCGAGUUGAAGAAGAUGAGCGCCCUGGCGAUCUACGAAAUCACCAAGCACGGUAGCGAGCUGGCACAGACCGUAGUGGACAACGGCGCAGUGGUCGUCCUCUCGCAGAUGGUCAACCAUCACGACCCCUACCUCAAGCGCGAAGUCUGCCAGUGCCUCAGCUCGAUCGCACGGCACUCCUCCGAGUUGGCCGAGGUGGUGGUUGACUCUGACAUCUUCCCGAAGGUGUUCUACCGGCUGAAGGACCUGGACGACACGGUCCGCAAAAACUCUGCGGUACUGGUUAAGGAGGUGGUCAAGCAGAGCCCGGAGAUGGCCCGGCUGCUGGUGAAGAAGGGUGGGGUUGGUCCGCUGGUGGAAUUCGUGAUGGACAGCAAGCGAAGCUACAAACUACCUGGCAUCCUGGCCCUUGGUUACAUCAGCGCCUUCGACCACGCCAUCGCCAGUCAGGUCAUCGCUGCCAAGGCAGUCGAUCCCCUAAAACAGGCGCUGAUCCAGGUACCUGACGAUCUGGUCAAAUCGGCAGCCUGCUGGACCCUCAGCAUGAUGGGCGGUCACACGCCAGGCCACGCCAAGCAGCUGGCCGAACACGACGUGCUGACUCACUUGCUGGCAGUCUACGUGUUCAAGGAGAGCACCGAGUAG